AUGGUCACUCCUCCAUCAUGCCCCGGACUUCACGUCGAGAUCCUGGUUAAUGGCCAGCCGCUCCAAGAGUACGACGAUAUCGAUGAAAGCUCUGUUCCGCUGAACACCAUUACGAAAUACAUCGAAGCCCGCUCUGAUGUAAACUUCGCUGUCAGAGCUAGGUUCGACGAGGGCUUCCUAUUUCCGGCAGGCGAUAUUAAGUUUGAGACCACAUUGGAUCGGCGAUAUGAGGCACGCUGCGUUAUUAAAGCUGCCAAACUUUUUCAGGCGAAAGGCAAAAUCAGCGAAGGACCUACCUCUCGCAUUGGUGAAACGACCAAUGCGUUAUACAAAUAUCGGUUUAAGGCUCUCGACCUAGUCGAAGACACCGGUCCUCAGGUAGGAGAAGGAUUAAUGAGAGACAUUCAGGCUAUGGGGAUCAUCACCGCCAAGCUACAAUACAUUCGUGAGAUACGACCAGACGAGGCCAAGAUCGGUUUCCGAGACAGCAAAUCCUUCGGCGAGAUUCCAGAGAAGGCUUUCAAAGGUCAACCCAAGUCACACUAUGGCGGACCGAUCGAGGACCUCAACCACGACGAGACGCGCGAAGUCCUACGUCUGUACAAGAACCGCGAGGCAGAAGCGCUCAAGAUUAAGAAGGAAGCCAACAACAAGCGCGCCCGAUCCGGUUCCGCUGAGACUGCAGGUGAGGACGACGUCGUGAUCGUCGAUGGCCCGAGCCACAAGCGUCGCCGCGGUGGGGAUAGCGAGGUCAUUGUGCUUGACUGA